AUGGCGGAUGGAGACGUUUCAGACGCCAAAUUUCCUGCAGGACGAAGGAAAGCGGUCAAUAAAAAAGAAGAAUACAAAAGAAUCUUCGACGACGUUAAACUUGAGGUGUUGGACAAUUUAGAAGAAUUAACUUGGAAUAGGACAUUCCCAAAUGAAGUUAAGGACGAACCGAUGGAAGAGAGUCGAGUAUUGACUCCCGAUCUUCCAAGCACUUCUCAAGAGUUUGAUGAAGAAGAGGGUGAGGUUUUAAAGUUGUUUUGCUUUGAAUUUUUAGAUAAUUAAGUUGAGAAGAAAUUUUGAUGUUAGCAUGGAUAAAAACAGCAAGAACUUGUCAUUAUAUCUAACAUAAUUUCUAUUUUUUGGGAUUUUUAGGGUUAAUAGGGUGGUUUUUUGAUUUUUUUAGUUGUUACUUGAUUUAUACCUUUAAUUUCAUUCGUUUUAUCUUGAAUUUAAAGAUCUGAAUUACUAAAAACAUUCUUUUUAUAUUUUUGUAAAAAGAAUUCAUAAUUUAAUCCAACUAGAUAUAAAAAUUAAUUGGUUUGAAUCUGAUCUUCUUUCCAGAAAAGCCAGAAUUAUCAACGUUUUCAGUCACAGAUGAAGCAGCUUCAGAAGCUGAUGUUAAGGUAGAAACCCGACUUUUAAAGUCAAAUGUAGCUCAAGAUGGAGGCAAUUUAAGUAUUGAUGCUUUAAUAGCUGGAAACCUAAAAGAAAGUGAUGUAACAUGGAUUGUGAAUGUAAGUCUUUAUUCUUUGGGUUUUCUUGAUGUUUAGAUAGUGAGUAAUGAAGAAAUGGAUUAAUAAAAUGAAUUCAUGGAUGAUAAGUUGAUUUUUUUUACUGAAAAAGAGUAAAAAUAUGAUGUUACGUUAGUGUAAUGACAAGUUUUUGCUGGCUUUUUGAGGGAUUUCGUUUUAUUUUGCUAAAAAUUGUUCAUUUUUGGAGAGUUUACGUUAUUUUGAAGAUUUAUAUAUUAAGUUAAAGAUGUUUAUGAAGAAAAACAACUAAAAACGACAUCCUUUUUAGGACGAACCCUUAAUAUCAUCCGAAACGAUCUCAAUAUUAACUCAGGUGCUGGAAAAAGCAGCAGGACGAAAUAUUAUAUUAACCACUCUAACCAUACCAUCAAAAGAUAUAACCGAUGUUAUUCUAAAGGCUAAUGAUCUCGAAAAACAAUUUUUAUGCAAAUUAGAAGAGCCGACGAAAGAUAAACUGCGAUGGAUCGAGAAACCUUGCAUUGACAUAUCAGAUAACAAUGAAAUCAUUCUGAAAGGCUUGUUUUACACCCCAAAACCGCCUAAAAUAACGUGGACAAAGGAUUGGAAACCGAUAAAGCCGGGGAGGAUAUUGGAGAGUAAUCGCAAGUUGAAGGAUGGGCAAUACAAAUGCGAGUUGAAGAUGGUUAAGUUCAAGAGGGAUCGGGAUGAAGGAGAUUAUAUGGUGGAGGUCAAAGCGAAUGGUCAUACGUUGACUGGGAAGAUCUUACUGUCGUUUCGUAGGUUUUUAUGGGGGAAAUUGGUUUUUAAAGGAAAAAUUGAAAUUUUGAAAAAAAAAAUUCAAAAUUAAAAAAAAAUAUUUUAGACAAAGACGACAAGCCUCGAAUAGUCCGCAAACCCAAAAUAGAUGAAGCCACAAACAAAGCCGGCGAAGAGUUUACGGUUUUUACCGUAGUUUUCGGUGCUACAGUCGAAUACACAGUAAAAUGGUUCAGAGAAUAUAAGAAUAAAGAACCGAAGUUACUGAGUAACAAAGGCAGGAAGAGGUACAAUGUAAAGCCAACGGAUCGACCUAAUGUGUAUGAAGCUAGGCUUAGAAUCAGGGUAAGGAGAGUUGAUCCGGGGGCUGGAGACUUUAGUAUUGGGGGAGGGGAGGUCUUAUUGGUGGAGUAGAGGUAAAAUACGGUUCUCGGACUUGCUAUAAUUUUAUUCUAAAAAAUUGAAAAAAAAAGAUUUUGUUUCACUUUUGGAAAUAAAUUUUUUAACUGUUUUUUUUUAAAUUGAAAAAAAAUUUCAGCAGCACCGCCCGGCCGACUCCGGCAUUUACCGGUGUCAAGUCGAAACCGCCGCAGGCCAAUGUCAAGCGAAGUUGUGCGUGAAAUUGGUCGAAAAAAAGGCCAAAAUGAAAAGAAUCGACCAGCUGAAGAAGUCAGAAAGCAAAGAGAAGAAAGAUAAGAAGAAAAAAGAAGGAGAAGUUAAGAAUGGCACACUGAAAAAUGGAAAACAAGGUAAAAAUUGAAGGUUAAGACGUUGAAGGAUCAGAGAGGCUAGGCUUCGUAGAUUCAGGCUUUGGCUUAGUAGACUUGGGCGUAUUAGUUAAACUUAGUAAGCUUAAAUUUAGUAGAGUUAGGCUUUCUUGGUUUAGGUUUGGUAGGCUUACAAGGAAAGGUCAUCACCGCGCAUUGGACUGGUGAAAAACUGGUACAUACAAGUUGUAGAGCAUGGUCAAAUUAGUCAAAAACCGAAAAAAAAUUUACCCCUCGUGGGGGGUUUUUUUAAAAAAAAUUUUUAUUACGUCGAAGUUUAAAAUGUUAAUUGCGCUCGCGCUAGACUCAGAAAAGAAGAGGGGAGUGCCGUGCUGCAAUGGCGCAGUGGUUGCGCUCUCGGCUAACGCUCGAAGCACGUCGGUUCGAGUCGUGCCGGGAGCACACCCUUUUGUCCCUGAAUUAAAAUUUUUAAAAAUAAAAAAUUGUUUUUUUUUGGUCAACUUUUGUUUUGUUUACAUUAAAAAAUUCUCCUCUCUAUUUAUUAAGCUUGUUUUUAAUAUAAUUUAAAUGGUAUUAUUAUACUUACAAUUCUAUUUAUUUAGCAUAAUUACCUAAAAGCACAAUCAAAUAGCUCUGAACUUCUCAAAAAUCAUUUUAUCAGCAAGUAAACUCUUAUAAGUCUCCAGAUUCUUUUGAUUUCGCAGCUCAACAUAACGAUACAAUCGACCGGAUGUUUUUUUACCAAUCGAUUCGUCGUUCGAAUUUCUUUUCCAUCUGUUUAUACGUUUUCUUCCGGCCAUUAUUCGAUUCCUAAAACCACAUACUUAUCCACCAGCUCGUAAGGCACGUUGAGAUCAUCUCAGGACAAAACUUCGCCAUUAUUACAAACAAAAAUAAAACAAAAUUACUAUUUAAAGAAUAAUAGAACGAACAAAUUGUAAAAAAAACAAAAUUAGAUAAAAAAAUAAUUUUUUUAUUUUAAAAAUUUUAAUUCAAGCACAAAAGAGUGUGCCCCCGACGCGGCCCGAACCAACAGGCUUUGAGCGUUAGUCGAGAGCGCAACCUCUGCGCUAUUGCAUCACGGAACUCUCUCCUCUUCUUUUCCGAGUCUAGCGCGAGCGCAAUUAAGGUUUUUAAACUUCGACGUAAUAAAAUUUUUUAAAAAACCCCCACGAUGGGUAAAUUUUUUUUUUGUUUUUGACUAAUUUGACCAUGCCCUACAACUUGUAUGUACCAGUUUUUCACCAGUCCAAUGCGCGGUGGGGACCUUUCCUUGUUAGGCAUAGUAGGCUAAGGCUUUAACUUAAUAAACCUAGGCGUUUGUUUUUAGUCCUACGCUUACCUUUUUGACGUUUAAACUUCUAGGCCUAUGCGUAGUACGAUUGCCAGCUUUGAGAUUUUAAUAUUGAUAAAAUUUACACAACAGGGAGAAGCUGAUCGCUCGCAGUAACAUAGAGUAAGAUCCCAGCACUCGCAGUCAUUUGUUGGGUCGUUUUACAUCGAGGCAAAUCUUGUAUAAACCUUAAUCUUACAUAAGAAAACGUUGCGCAAUACGGUUUCUUACAAUUUCUCUAAGGCUACAUUGUUUUAGUAUAAGUUAUGUAAGCUGCGGCAGAAUUUUUUUUUUUUCAAUUUUUAAGUGCAAUUUCAAAAGUGUUGUCGUAAUUUUGCUGGUUUAUAAGAAAAUGGCAAGAACUUUGCUUAGAGUACAUAAGAUGACAAGAACUUUCUUUACAAAUAACAAAAUGACAAGAACUUUCUUUACAAAUGACAAAAUGACAAGAACUUUCUUUACAGAGUAAAAAAUGAGCAAAACUUUCUUUUCAAGACGUAAAGGCCUGAAUCGUAUAAGUUGACACCCGCACUCUGCAGAAUACAAAACACAAAACGUUGUUUUACGAAGAAAUCGCAUUAAAUUUCUUUACAAAACAUAAAAUGGAAAGAACUUUUUUUACAAAACGUAAAAUAGCAGAAACUUUUUUUACAAUACAUAACGUGAUGUUUUAAUGUUUUUUCAAAAUUUUACAAAAUUUUGCAAUUUUAGUAAUAGAAGGGCAUAUUUUAAUAAUAAAUCACCUUAAUUUAAAAAAAGCUAUUUUUCUUUUAUAUUUUCCCAUAAAAAAGUCAUUUAUUUCCAUACGCUGUAAUAUGCAAAUUGGUCAAAUUCAUCUUAUUUUCAGCGUUUGAAAAAGCCCUAAAGAAGCGAAAACUGUCCGAAACCCCGCCCAAAGACACCAAGAAGAAGAAGAAGGUAUAA